AUGGCGAUGCCGGCGUCGGCGUCGAACGCGGCGAACACGCUCCGGGACGUCGUGACGUUGGCCUACGUCGGUGGUACCUUGGGCGCGCGCGCGCUCGCGGGCGCGGCGUUGGGACAGACGCUGGUGAACGUGCUCGGAAAGUCCGUCCUCGUCGGGUGCUCGGGUGGGGUGAACACGCUCGCGGGGACGGCGUACGGCGGGCGGGCGUACGCGCGCGUGGGCGUCGUGGCGCAGCGCGCGGGCGUCGUCAUGACGUUGAUGUGCCUCCCGCUCGCGUGCGCGUGGUGGAACGGCGAACGAUUGGCGGUGUUUAUUGGGCAGGAUGCGGGCGUGGCGCGGUCGUGCGGGGUGUUCACGCGAGCGCUCGUGCCGUUUUUGUUCGUCUACGCGUGGACGGGGGCGACGCAGGCGUAUUUACAGGCGCAAGGAAUCGUCGGACCGACGGCGUUGGGCUCGGUGCUCGCGGCGGUGACGCAUCCGCUCGCGAACGAGGUGUUUUUGCGGUGGUACGACUACGGUCUCGCUGGCGCGGCGUACGCGUACUGUGUCAGCGCCUCGGUGUUGUUGGCGACGCAGAUUAUUUACAUUCUCUUUUGGCGGAAAAAGUAUCGAGAGCCGGACGAGGCGUUGGCGCGUCGACGCGACGCGUGCGCCGUGCCGUGGAGUUUACGACAGGCGUUCAGCUACCGAGGGUGGAUGGAGUACUUCGAAAUGGCCAUUCCGGGAGUGGCAUUAAAGGCUGAGUGGUGGGCGAGCGAUAUCAUCGUCAUGUGCGCCGGUUACUUGGACGAUCCGAGCCCGAGCGUCGCGCUCGCAGCGAUGAGUAUUUAUUCGUCGACAAAUGCCUUCAUGUUCGAUCUAGCCAUCGGACUGAGCGUGUCGACGACGACGCGCGUCACGCACGAGCUCGGCGCUCAAGCGCCGGAGCGCGCGAAGCGCGCGGCGUACGUCGGAUUCCAGCUCGUUUUCAUCGUCGGCGCGCUCGCGGCGGCGUUUGCGCUCGCGGUGCGUCCGAUCUGGGGCGAUCUCUUCACCUCUAAUGGAGAGACCCAGCUCAUCGUCUCAUCGCUCAUGCUAUAUCUCGCGGUGUAUGUCAUCUUCGAUUCCGCCGGCGCCGUCGCCACGGGCGUCCUCCGAGCGUGCGGUCGGCAAGCGGACGCCAUCAACGCGGUCAUCUUGUCGUACUUCGUGCUCGGCAUUCCUAUCGCGAUAGUUCUCGCCUUUUACGCCGAGGCUGGUGUCAUCGGACUCGCUCUCGGUGGACUCAUCGGCACCAUAGUGCACGCCAUCGCCCUCAUAGACAUGGUGUAUCAACUCGACUGGGACGCCGAGGCGCAGCGCGCCGUCGCUCGCGCCGCCGAGGCCAGUAUUGUCCCCGACGGCGAACACUCCGACUCCAAAUCGGCCGAACCGGGCGCUGAAUCAUCGAACUGGACUCAACAAUACGGUGCCACGGCGUAG